GUGGGGUUCUAGCCUCCCGCGGCGGCCGGGGGCGGAGACGGGCCAUGCGGACGGCAGGUGCCCCGGGAUCCCGCAGCUGGGCGCUCCUUCCUCCCUCGGCGGCUGCCCCGAGCCCUCAGACCUAGCGGCGGCCUUUGUUCCGAGCGCCCUCGGCCGCGCCCCGGCCGGCCGCCCCCGGGUCCCGGUCCCCCUGAGGCCGGAGCGGUGCGGAUGCUGCAGCCGCACCUGGGCUUGCGCUCCGGGCUGGAGGAGGCGCGACGGCGCGGCGGCAUGCGAUGGGGAACUGCUGCUGGACGCAGUGCUUCGGGCUGCUCCGCAGGGAAGCGGGCCGGCUGCAACGAGCGGGCGGCGGAGGAUCCAAGUAUUUUAGAACAUGCUCAAGAGGGGAACACUUAACCAUAGAGUUUGAGAAUCUAGUAGAGAGCGAGGAGGGGGAGAGUCCAGGAAGCAGCCACAGGCCACUUACUGAGGAAGAAAUUGUUCACUUACAAGAGAGGCAUUAUGAUUCUAUUGCUGAAAAACAGAAAGAUCUUGAUAGGAAAAUACAGAAAGAGUUAGCCUCACAAGAAGAGAAGUUAAGGCUAGAAGAAGAAGCUUUAUAUGCUGCCCAGCGGGAAGCAGCCAGGGCAGCGAGGCAGCGAAAGCUCUUGGAGCAAGAGAGACAGAGAGUUGUGCAGCAGUAUUGUCCUAGCAGUGGAGACUAUCAAAGUUCAGGACCAGAAGACGACUUUGAAUCUUGUUUGAGAAAUGUAAAGUCACAGUAUGAAGUUUUUCGAAGUAGUAGACUGUCAUCUGAUGCCACAGUAUUGACGCCAAAUACCGAGAGCAGCUGUGAUUUAAUGACCAAAACCAAAUCAACUAGUGGAAAUGAUGACAGCACAUCUUUAGAUCUGGAGUGGGAAGAUGAAGAAGGAAUAAAUAGGAUGCUGCCAAUGAGAGAGCGUUCAAAGACAGAGGAAGACAUUCUCCGGGCAGCACUGAAGUACACCAAGAAGACCGGAAGCAACCCAGCGUCGGCCUCUGAUGACUCUAACGGGUUGGAGUGGGAGAAUGACUUCGUCAGUGCCGAGAUGGAUGACAAUGGCAAUUCUGAGUACUCUGGGUUUGUGAACCCCGUGUUAGAACUGUCAGAUUCUGGUGUCAAGCAGUCUGAUACAGAACAACAGAUUCGAUAGGAUGGAAUUGUGUGACCUCAGUUCUGACCAAAUGUUAAAAUCAACUGGAAUGUAUAAAUGACACCAAGAGUAAGAACCCAUGUUAUAAACACUACAAGAAGGGAACGGGGAGGGGGGCCGCAUGCAGCUGGAAGCUUCAGGGUCCAGUGCAGUUCAGUGGCUCUUCCGUGCUGUCAGCUCAGUCUGUUGCAACUCUUCGUGGCGUUCUUCCUCACCUCUGUCAACGUUUGCAUUUUAAAUCUCUAUUAGUUUUACUUUGCUUUCCUAAACAAUCCUACUUUAUUAUGUAACUGAAAGUCUUAUUUUUCAUUCUCAGCAGAUGUGAAGGGGACAUGAGCAGGGAUGAUUGCACUUCAAAUGCUGUUCACUUUUCCAACAUUAUUUACUUUGAUGACAUCUUAGAAUCUUGUUGGCUGUUAGUAAAUACAAUUUGAGGUGAACCCCAAAAUGUUGAUGUAUUGAUUGGUGUCUUUUGACUCAUAAUCCUAAUACAAUGUUCAUUCAACUUGAACAAAAGAUGCUAGGAUUAAAAUAAACUUCAGAAUUUGGAUAACUUAAGUUGAUAAUAAUUAAAAAUAAUACUUAAUGGGACUGUAGAGAUGGGUUAACGAUUAAGAGCACUGGCUCCUCUUGCAGAGGACCUGAGUUUGGUUCCCAGCAUCCACAUGGCGGCUAUGAACCAUCCUUAACUCCAUUUCCAGGGGAAUGCAAAGCCCUCUUCUGACCUCCACGGCAUUGCAUGGCAUGGGUGCCCUUACAUACAUAAUUGAUAUCUUAAGUUUUUACUCAUUUUUUAAAAUUCUAUAUAUCCAAUGAAUAAUCUUUGAAAGAUUUUACAUAGCAAGUAUUAGACAA